AGUAAACAGCAGCACAGUUUCAAGCUAUGGGAACCUGCAUGCAGGAUUUAGAGGCACUUGCUGUUGUUUACCUCCAGGCCAACUCUGGUUAUUUAUAAACUGGAAUUUUAUCCACCGUUGAUGCACGACUGGCAACUGACCAGUUUUCCCGUUUACAUGAGCUGCUAACAUGCGUAAAGCAGAUGCCAAGUGUGGUAGAUCAGAUAGCAUAAAACACUUUCUUGAACCUACAAGCCAAUGUAGCUUCCUUCAGUUUGUCAGGUCCAGGAAUCCAAUGUAUGAAUAUGCCAAAGAGAGUGCAGCGGUUAAAAUUAACUUCUGACUUAAAUACUCCAAAUCCUGCUCAGAACCGUUUUAAGUAACAUCGCAAAUUAAGAUGUCUUCCCUAGCUAAGCUUAUAGCAACGUGCAAGCUGUCACAGCUCAGGAGUCUAAAUCCCCAUCUCAGGCCCAAUACUGAAGCUUCUUUUGUCCCCGGAAACUGGAUCUGAAAAGUUCCACAUGUCUUAGUAUUUUGGAAUGAUGCUCCACCCAGCGUAUGAGGCAACAAACACUAAAGGGAGAGGAACAAGAGGUGAAUAUCUGCCUACUUCGGGGAAAGUCUGGCUCGUCAAGCAGAGACCUGCUCAGAAGACAUGCCUCAAAAACUUAGCUUCUGAGACACCUCCUCAGAUUACAAUGGUGGCACUGCAAUAAAUCCAGGCCCACCAACUGAAGGUUUUUGUUGAAGCAUAAGGGAAAGGGGUACAACCAUGGACAGCCAAAGAAACACGUGCUGUUUGCUGUGAGUGGGCUGGAUGACCGAUGCCAGUGACGCAGGAGAACGAAGCACAUCACCCUCCUUAGAUGAGUCAGAUCCAGAACUACACUAUGAGGAAGAUGAAGAAGAGAGUGAAAACCAGGCAAGGGAAGAUUCGGACACCAGCAGCAUCCUCUCUGAUGACUCUGUCUAUCCCGUCUAUGAACAUGCUGCAUCUGACAAGAAUGAUGCUGCAGAGCUCACCUUCUACCAAUGUUGCAUCAGUAACAAUGCAAUGUUGUUAAAGCAAAAGCUUUACAGUGGGGUGACGAGACAGGAGGUCAUGGAGCUGGACAUCAAUGGACGGAAUGGCCUGCUGGUGGCAUGUUUCAAGGGCUUUGUGGACAUUGUCACUAGUCUCAGUAAAUGCCGCUACGUGGAUAUCAAUCAUCAAGACAAUGAUGGGAACACAGCACUCAUGAUAGCAGCUCAGGCAGGACAUAUCACUAUUGUUAACUACCUUCUGAAUUACUAUCCUGGAUUGGAGCUUGAAAUGCGAGACUUUAGAGGUCUGACUGCCCUCAUGAAGGCUGCGGUACAAGGGAGGAACGAAUGUGUCGCAGCCUUACUCUUGGCAGGAGCUGACCUGGCUGCUGUGGACCCAGUUAAAGGAAAGACCGCACGAGAAUGGGCAGCCCUGACUGGACGCUUCGAAACUAUCGUCCGGAUUCGAACUCUCCUUGAGCGUCCAUGUGCUGAGCAAUUCUCUAAGAAGUACUUGCCAGAAUGGCCUGCUUUGCCUAUGCUGGUGGCAGAAACAUUGGGUUCAUCUAGAACCAAGCGCCUGACUAAUAAAAUCCGUUCCACGUUCACUAUCAAUUUUCCACAUGACCCUGAGCCAGAUGGUGUGAUGGAUCACAUGGUGCGCAUGACCACUUGCUUGGCUAGCCCUUUUGUGGGCACAGCUUGCCAAACGGUCUGUCCUGACAGCCCACCAGAAGUGGGCAAGCAACGACUCUCAGUACCAGAGAUCCUCAAGGAGUACAAACCAGAUCCUGAUGCCAAAUCUAUGGCCAGUGCAUCAUCCUGCAAUGGUCAGCUCAUGACACCGUCCCGGGUUCUGAUACCAUACCAGCCAUCCAGUACUCUGGUGAAGAUCAUGUCCAUUCCCUUGCGCCUGCGCCGCAACACCAUAUACCCUGCUGGCAUCCCAAAAAUUGAACUCACCAAGUCGCCUGGCCAGUCACCUCCCAAAGAGAAGAAAAUAAAGCCCGACAAGAACAAGCUGGAGUUGCCCAAGUGGAGAUACAAGGAGCUCAAGGAGGAAAAGAAGAAAGCAUUGGAAGAAGCCGGGAAACCUAAAAAAAGCAAGGGCAAAAGCAAAAGAAAGAAGUAAUAGUAGUCACUGGGGAAAUGUAGUGGUGAGGAGAGAAGAAACUCCCACCAGGGUGCUGAAAUUUUGCCCCUGCCAAUUGUAUAACGUUAUUAUUACCCACACACAAUUCUUUAUCUUGUCUCGGCCAGGCGAAAUGGCUAACUAUAUAUGAUGUUACACCAUUGGGAACUGGUGGCUUCCCUUCCAGAAGGGCAGUGAUUCUGCUCUGGGCUUUAGUCUGAAGUUUAAAUGUACCAUCCAAGGCCCUGAAUUUCACCCUCAAAAUAUGUUCAGCACCUUGAACAGAUAAUUUAACAUUUGAGCCAAACUGAUACAUUUUUCCUUUCACUUCUCUGCGCUAAAUUCCUUCUUUGAAAAGUAAUUUGAUUUGAAUAACACCAGGGCGCCAUGGACUUUUGAUGCAAUGUAUAGUUUACCAUUAAGAAACUAGGGGACCUCUUCACACAGCCCUUUUGGGCCAUGCCAUUGAGCUGGCAAUCACCGAUGAAAGGAAAGGUGCGCAGAGCAGCUUAUGGCACCCUGUGGGCCUUCCUUCCUUCUUUCAUCACAUGGUGGGAACAGGACAGGGUGUUGUCCCUGUCCCCAUCAGAUGGAAGAAAGGGCGGCAACAUGCAGCAACGUCCGUUGGAGCUACCCAAAAUACAUUUUCCUCCCCAUAGUGGUGAAGGAAGCGCCUUUCAGUGUAUCCACCCCAGUUUGGGAGGAAUGUGGGUGGGGCCUGCCAUGCAUCAUGUGAUGGCACAUGGCAGGCCCUGUCCUUGCCGUGCAACAAAGUGGCAAAAAUGCCAUGUGAAGAGGUGGUAAUUAUCUCAGUGGCUUCCAAAAGCAGGUCUUGCAUCCUCUGUUAGUGUGAAACACUGAUGUAGCAAUAAAACGGUUAACAAAAAUGGGUUUAAUUUAUUGUUACUGAAUUCAAUCUCUGCCUGAGUGACAAUGCACUAAGAGUUGUUAAAUUAGUUCUACUAAUUUCCAUAUGCCUGGAGGGACACAUUCAUAGAGGACUUGACUUGGCUUGGAAGUGCCCUUAUCACAUCCACUUCAAAUUAGUGGGUACUGUUCCUUUCAAGUUCUGAGCGGCGAUCAUGCUUGGGAAAAAUCUGCUGCAAAGGUCAGUUGGCUAGCAUCUGUGCCACUACAAAGACAUUCUUCCCCUGUCUCCAGAUUGAUGUUGUCAUUAUUAUGUACAUAGAUUUUGCACAAUGAACAUUAUCAAGUUGGGAAGAAGCUGAGCUCACACUGUUGGUAAAAGAACACCUAUGUUUUUUCUUUGAAUAUUACUGUCUUCACCUUCUUAUCUAAACCCAGAUGUUUUUUGCCGUCUCAUAAUGUGUGCUGUUGUCAUAUAGUUCCAAUACUCAAAUCUUACCACUGCUGUGUCAGCACUUCUGACUUACACCUUUGUCAUACUUGUUCUAUAUUAUGGUAUUUUUUUUACAUCCUUGGUAGGAAAAUUGCUUUAAAAAAUCCUAGAGAAGGGUAAAUUCAUUUUCAAAAAGGUGACACACAAAAAAUCCACUGAUGACAUCAUACCAUAGGGACCAAGGCAGCCCAUCCUGGUUUUGCAGUUGUCCCCACGAUGCACACAAAUGAUCACAGUUGAGUUGUAGCCAGCCAUUAGGUGAAAUCCAUAUGGAAUGGAAUUAUUGCCCUACUGACAUGGCAGCGGGGCAAUAAAUCCACUCCAUGUUUUAAUCUGGAUUUAGAGGAGAAGUCCAUUGCAUUGAACCUGUUUUGGGGGUGAGAUUCAGCACCUUGGCCAGUUUUUAAAAAUUUUGACUGCAGCCUGAACUGAAUUCAUUGUCUCACCGUCAUGCAAUCCAUCGGUCUCCAUUGCCUGAUCCUGAUACAAAUCUAGCCCCCUUUACCAAAUGUAGCUGCUAUUUUAAAAUAAAAUACAAAUCCUUUACAUCGUAAAUUAACCAGUCAGUACAGGGGUCAAUCAAGAAGUUUUGCUGCCUGAGGCAGAGGAGGAACAGUGCCAUCUCCACAUCCAGCUUCUGGUCCUGAGUCAUCUAAAUUCAGCCAAGUUAUUUUACUAUAUGGAACAGAAAAUCUCACAAGAACCUCUCCCCAUCUCUAUUAGCUAAAAUAAACACAUACUAAAUUAUUAAUCCUUCACUGCUCUUCAUGCUACUCAAACCUGCUGCCUCACUACUACUCCUAACUGUAGGGUUGGCCUUUGUUUACUAUAACAUAUAUCUUGUCCUUGCAAUAAUUCAUACCUAACACUACUCACCUGUGACACCUAACCAUAUCAAUGAGUCUGAUCACCUUGCAGCAUUGACAGGUAGACAUACUCCCUUUACGGCUAGGUUAACCAAUACAUAUUUUAUGGGCUAAUAAAAUUUUGUGGACAGUCAAGUCUUUAAGGCGAAUGUAGCCUUUGCUAGAGCUGCUAGGAACUGAUCUUUACAUUUCUGAUGAGCAAAAGGUUUUUGCCUGUUUUCUUCCUGGUGGCAUAAUCUUCCUGUUGUAGCAAUAGCUACAUACUUUUCAUGAAAAAAGGGUUCAAUAAAGCAUUUUUUUUCUGUAGUGAUUUAGAAUUGUGUGUUAACCUUCACAAGUUUUCUCAAAGGAAUAGACUGGUUUCUCUAAUCAA